UGAUAUUAGCUGUACACAAGAGGAACAGCGAUGAGCAGCGGUUUGAAAACCUUUCAAAUUAACAAUGGAGCUUUUUAAAACGUUAUCCUUGGUCCUGUGGAUUUUACUUUUGAAAAUAAAGCAAGAUUGCACCGCCGAGGAAGUUCUGUUGCUGGAUUCCAAAGAGUCACAAGCUGAGUUGGGUUGGACCUCACAUCCGUCUAACGGAUGGGAAGAGAUCAGCGGAGUAGAUGAAAACUACAAGCCCAUUCGAACAUACCAGGUCUGCAAUGUAAUGGAGCCCAACCAAAACAACUGGCUGCAAACCAGGUGGAUCUCACGUCGCUACGGCCAGAGAAUCUUUAUUGAGCUCAAAUUUACGCUGAGGGAUUGUAACAGCAUUCCCGGAGUCGUGGGAACAUGCAAAGAGACUUUUAAUCUUCAUUACAUCGAAUCAGACGCUGACCUGGGCCGGAACAUCAAGGAAGGAAAGUACAUCAAAAUCGAUACGAUAGCUGCCGACGAGAGCUUUACUCAAGGAGAUUUGGGGGAGCGCAAAAUGAAGCUCAACACGGAAGUAAGGGAAAUAGGACUUCUGAACAGGAAAGGGUUUCAUCUCGGGUUUCAGGACGUCGGGGCCUGUGUGGCCCUCGUUUCGGUGAGGGUUUAUUUCAAAAAGUGUCUUUCCACCGUGCAGAAUUUGGCAGUCUUUCCUGACACCAUUGCAGAGGCGGCUUUUUCAACCCUGGUGGAGGUCAGAGGGACGUGUGUGAACAACUCUGAGCUGGACAUGGAUAGCCCCCCCAGAAUGCACUGCAGUGCUGAGGGCGAGUGGCUUGUUCCCAUUGGAAAGUGUACUUGUAGUGCUGGAUAUGAGGAAGGACACAGCAGCUGUGAAGCUUGUCCAGCUGAAUUCUACAAAAUGUCCCCUCGGCAGCAGGAGUGUUUUCCGUGUCCUGAGCACAGCUACACGCAGGAGGAGGGGUCCACCAUGUGCCAUUGUGAGGAAGCCUACUACAGAACCCCUCAGGACUCCCCAUCAUCAGCCUGCACCAGGCCUCCUUCUGCUCCCGUUAACCCUGUGUACAGCAUGAAGCAGUCGACCGUCAUUAUAGAGUGGGGUCCCCCUGAGGACUCGGGGGGCAGAGGGGACAUCUCAUACAGCGUUGUGUGCAGCAGGUGCUCUGGCCCUUCAGGGCAGUGUGAGCCCUGUGGCAGCAGUGUUGGCUUUGUGCCGCAGCAGACAGGAUUGGUUGACAGGACCGUUACUGUUGUGAACCUGUUACCACACACGAACUACACAUUCCAAGUGGAAUCCCUGAAUGGAGUAUCAGGCUUGAGCCCCUGGCAGAGACAGUACGCCCAGAUCAAUGUCUCCACAAGCUUGGCAGCUCCCUCACUUAUCAGCAACAUUCACACCGACAAAAUCGACCAGAAGAGCAUCACCCUAGCAUGGCGAGAGCCCAGCUACCCAAGCAACAACAGAACGGAAUAUGAAAUCAAAUAUUACGAAAAGGACCAGAAGGAUCAAAGCUACUCGACAGUUAAAACAGCAUCCACACCAAUGACAGUGCAUAACCUCAAGCCAGGGACUGUCUACGUGUUCCAGAUCCGAACUCUCUCUUCCACCAACCACGGAAGCUACAGCCCUCCCUUCGAGGUGGAAACACUAGGAGAAUUGGCUCUGGCGUCUAGCGAACAGAACCCUGUCAUUGUCAUUGUGGUGGUGUCUGUAGCCGCAUUCAUCAUGCUGCUUUCCAUGGGAGUCGGUUUAAUGAUUUGGAGAAGCAGUAUCUUCAAUCCUUCAAAUAUAGCUCCAACUAGUGUGGUCCUGCUGUCCACCUCCUUCUCACAACCUCCUUCUGCCUCCAUACAGCUUCACAGACAAUGCGGGUACAGCAAAGCAAGCCAAGAUGGGGAUGAAGAGUUAUAUUUCCAGUUUAAGAUUCCAACCAGAAGAACAUACAUUGAUCCUGACACCUGUGAAGACCUUAUCCAAACUGUCCACCUGUUUGCCAAAGAACUGGACAAUUCCAGUAUCAAAAUAGAGAGAAUCGUCAGCACAGGUGAGUUUGGAGAGGUCUGCAGAGGGUGUCUGAAGCUGCCCAGUAAGAGAGAGCUUCCUGUGGCCAUCAAAACGUUACGGGCUGGCUGCUCCGAGAAACACAAGUGUGUCUUCCUGACAGAAGCCAGCAUCAUGGGGCAGUUCGACCACCCCAAUAUCCUCCGCCUGGAGGGGGUGAUCACUCGAGGAAGCACAAUGAUGAUUGUUGUUGAGUGCAUGGCAAAUGGGGCCCUGGACUCUUUUCUACGGAAACAUGAAGGCCAGUUUACUGUGAUUCAGUUGAUUGGGAUGCUUUGUGGAAUAGCGUCUGGAAUGAAAUAUCUCACCGAGAUGGGCUAUAUACACAAAAGCCUUGCAGCCCAUACAAUCUUAGUCAACAGCAACCUGGUAUGCAAAGUUUCAGGAUUCAGACCAUCACGAGAAGAUAAAAUAGAGGCAGUUUACACAACUCUGGGUGGGAAGAGUGCCGUCCUAUGGACAGCUCCAGAGGCAAUCCAGUACCACAGGUUCAGUUCAGCUUCGGAUGUGUGGAGCUUCGGCAUAGCGAUGUGGGAAGUGAUGUCCUAUGGCGAGAGGCCAUACUGGGAUAUGUCCAACCAGGAUGUAAUUAAGGCAAUCGAAGAUGGUUUCCGUUUGCCACCUCCUAUGAACUGCCUCACACCACUUCAUCAGUUAAUGCUGGACUGCUGGCAGAAAGAUCAAAACGAAAGACCAAAAUUUGCACAGAUCCACAGUAUCCUAAACAAAAUGGUUCGGAACCCAGAAAGUAUAAAAACAUCCACAGUUCCUCGCACAAGACCUCAGAGUACCUCCAUUCCUCUUAUUGAGCGGACCUUGACGUCAUUCCCCUGUUUUAACUCGGUCGGAGAGUGGCUGGAGGCGAUUGACAUGGGCAGAUACAAAGACAACUUCACAGCAGCUGGGUACUGCUAUCUGGAGUCAGUAGCACGAAUGACAGUCCAAGAUGUGAUGAGUCUGGGGAUUACUUCUGUCGAUCAUCAGAAGCUGAUCCUGAGUGCCAUUCAGAGUUUACGAGCGCAAGUCAUACAGAUGCACGGCCGAGGGGUCCAGGUGUAACCCCCCCCCCGGGGGACAAAUCACUUGAUAAAACUUAACUGCCACGGGAGGAAGCUGUGUGAGUCCAUACAGCAACUCAAGACAGUCCGGGCAACCAGGCAAAAGGGAGCAGUAGAUUACUGCAGCAUCUUAUCACCAACCCAGGUUCAUGUUACUGUGAUAGUGAGGGCGGGCUUUGCAACCUGUGGCACUGCACUGGCUCUGCAACGGUACAGAUUGUAUUUCUUAACUCAUUCUGUUCAUUAUAUGGGUUAAAUAAUGUACUUCUGACUGUCCUAAGAAUGUUAGGUUCGAAGAGAACAAUGGAUUAACCUUACAGGGCCCAGAGAUUUUCCAAGUCUCUGGUUCUGUAUUUUGGAAAUCUGAGUAUUCACUGGUAAAAGAGAUGGUUCCCUCAAAAAGCAGAUCACUAUGUAUAUUCUCCUUGAACUGGUACUAUGAGUUGGUUUACAGAACAUACUUAGUUAUUUAUUUAUGUUGCUUUUUUAAACUCGGCUGUCGUUUGCUUGAGCAGGUGCCAUACAUUACAGGACUUGAACGUCCUUAAAGAAUUAUUACAAUACUGACGUUACUACAACAAAUCUGAGUAAUUUGAAUAAAGAAACUUACCUUGGAGAAGAACUCUUUAGUGUGUGUGCGUGAGAGAGGUGACAAGAUCAAGAAAUAACUUUGUUAACAAUAGUGUACACAAAGCUACCGAUGUCUGCAGAUGACCUUGGAGAUAUUUGGAAGGUGUUUAUGAAGCUAUUCCAGUUUUCUUACUAAGCGCAAACAUUAUAUAUAGUCUGUGCUGCUGACUUCAUUUGAAAGAGUAAUUCCAAUUAGCACUCGUCAUGUAAAUAGGCAACAUAUUAAAUGAUAUCUAGAGCAUCUGGUUACAGGAAAAUGAACCAUUAGCAUUUGAACACACACAGAGAGUGAAUGUGCAAUGUAAGGUGUUCUCUGUGCUAGUAUUCCCAUGUGUAUGAAGUACAAUUCGGAGGGGAGGGGGGUCUCUAGCCCCUCGAUUUUUCAAACAACCGUCUUUAGCUUACUAUGCAGGAUAAAGUGAUGUGAAUAUUGCCCAACGCUCAGCUGAAAUGCUGUUGUGUGCAUGCAUACUAAACAGGCCUGUUACAAUUACAUCCACAUGCUUUCAGGUACCUAGAUACCAUUAACUAUAAGACCUGUACAUAAUAAGAGAUGGUUAAUAAGAACAUGCAACAUAGGUAGAUCCUAUUCACAAAGAUAUUACAACCUCUCUGCCAUGACAAAUGGCCACAAUCAAAGGUAGGCCAGAGCUCACAGGGUAGAAUGGCACAUCAUUAGUCAAAUGAGACUGGUAGUAAGACUUACAUUUGCAAUAAAACGUAAUAAAGCAUUAUUACUGCAUUGCCCCCUAUCUUCUACAAUUUCAGAAUGUUUGUUUUGACAGUGUUGUUCAGGCUGCGUGAACUUGUUUAUUUUUGCAUUAUGACUUCAAUAUGUUUAUAUGUUAUUACAAGACAAUGUAGCCUCUCAUACUCGUGGAUGGAUUUUCAGUACUGACUAGACAUGCCUGGUUUGGUUUCCAGGAUCUGACAUCAAAAUCCUAGGCUUGGUGUGGUUGCAGGCUCAAAUCUCAGAAUAUCUAAUAUCGGAAAUGAAUGUGAAUAGUGGUAUGGCAUUGUGGUUGUUGUAAAGCAGAACGACUCUUUUUCUGAGCCUAGGUAUACCUAACAAAAUGUCGGUUAAGACAAAAUAAGGCUACAGUAUGUACGGACAUUGCCUGAAAGUCACUCUACAUGCAGAGACUGUGACAAAGGAGAUUUGUUUUCUAGUAAAAUCAAUGACUGAUAAGGUACUUUACUGCACAAGCCACACACACACUCUUUUGCAGCUUCAGAUUGCUCAGAUCUUAAUGUCUUAUGGCUGGUUUCACAGAUCUUGGAUAUCAGAGUUCAGGGCUUCUCACUUGAUUCAUAUUUGCUACACUGUUUGGUUUUGCAUGGGAAGACUGUUAAUCAUGUCUGGAUUAUUUGUCAGUACUGGCAAGUAAAAGCAAGUAUUGUUUGACUAAAGGCGUUGAUAAGAGAAAUUCAGUUUGUUUUGGAGAACUCAGGGCAACAUGUUACGGUAUGUAUUUCGGGUGUUUUGCGUAUGUAUAUUUUUGCUUCAUGAUUUGCACUUUCUGUUUGAAAAAUGUCUAUUAAAGCUAUACUAUAAUUUCGAUUCUGGUUGCUCCAGAAAAGACAUUUUGAUCAAGGUCAGUGUUUCCAUUUAACCGUAUACUGCUGUAGAAUAUAUAUACUUUACAUGUGCCCUGUUGUCUCUGCAUAUAAAAACUGUAAAUGUGCCAUUUUAAAGGAAAACCAUUAUACUGAAAUAAAAGAUCCUAAGGAUCUUUUUUUUGUAUUAGAUAGUCACUGUGCUAAAAGAGAAAUUUAAACCAGCUUGUUGGAGAUACACAUUUUAUGAUUUAUCCAUAGCAGCAAAAUACAGCACUGUAGCUAUCAUUUGAGGUAUGGAAAUAGGUGCUCAAACUUAGCUCAACUGGACAAACUGGUCACAAACUUGCACUAAAUUUGUAACGGCUCAAACAGCUGUUACUUAUAGUUUUUAGAUUAUUAUCAAACAUUUGUUAAAAAAAAAGAAGAAAAAAAAAAGCUAUAUGGUGAUUUACAUAAAUUACACCCAAAAAGUGGAAAAUGCAUGUGGUACCAUAUCUUUGUGAUCUUGCAUCAAAAACAAGCAAUGUCAUGAAUACACAUGGGUAAUACUUAAAAUAAAACCAAUUAAACUGUUUUUAUAAAUACAGUACUCCUUCUUCACUUCUCCAUCUGACUUACACAUCAAAAAAUAUGAAAUUUAGAAACAACGAAUUAGUAAAGUCUAGCACAUGACAGUUUACUGUCCACAAUAUAUAUAUAUAUAUGGAUUCCAGUUGUAUUGUUAGUUUGUGUGUGCGUGUGUGUGUUAUUUUUUCCCCCCCAGGGUAAAGCUGGUUCAAGUUUCUAUGUUUUUUGAUAUCCAUGACCUCUAUGUAAAUAAUGUAAAUAUGUAUUUCAAAAUGCAAUCUAUUUUUAUAAGUUGUUUCAGAACAAGUGUAUUAUGAUGAUAAUAAUAAUAACUGUCCACUGUGUACCAAUUUUCCUGUUCAAAUUAGGCAUAGAGUUCAAUGACAGUUUCAAGUGUUUCAGAAUAAAGACUUUUGACAUUUUUGUUAUUCUUUUGAUAAUUAAUACUUAUUAGAUCAGAGUUUACUGUUGCAAUAUUAAAGUGUUAUUAAACGUUGCUUAUACAA